GAAGUCUAUGAUCAUUGGGCAAGUGAGUCUGCACAGAGAUAAUAGGGCAGAUCAGUGGACUGGGCAAGUGCUGGUGGCACAUUAGCUAUCUGACUCUGAUUCCAAGCUGCUGUUUUAUAGAAAGACCAAACCUAUAUUACCCACAAUAAGCAGUGUGUGUCCGUCCCCAAACAGUUAUUUCUGCCCAACAAGGAGAAAAAGAAGGAGAACUCUUCGCAGAGGAUACGAGACUAUGGAAGUCCGCUACAGUCAAGACUCAGAGUCCGGAAUGCUGCUGAAGAAUGGACUAAAAGAGGGGAAAGAGGGAAAGGAUUCCCAGGGGAGCAUUUCAAAAACGUUCCUGAAGGACCAGCAGGAGUCCUUCUCUCCAUCCGGAGCGGUGGAAAACUGUGAAAAGAGCCGGGCGAGCUCAGGAGAUCCUGACUACUGCCGGAGGAUUCUAGUUCGGGAUGCCAAAGGGUCGAUUCGAGAAAUUAUUCUCCCCAAGGGUUUGGAUCUAGACCGACCAAAGCGCACUAGGACCUCGUUCACAGCAGAGCAACUAUACAGACUGGAGAUGGAGUUUCAGCGGUGUCAGUAUGUUGUGGGACGGGAACGAACUGAACUUGCCCGGCAACUUAACCUGUCUGAAACUCAGGUGAAGGUGUGGUUCCAGAACCGGCGCACCAAGCAGAAGAAGGAUCAGGGGAAGGAUUCAGAGCUGCGCUCGGUGGUCUCUGAGACGGCCGCCACCUGCAGCGUCCUGCGCCUCCUGGAGCAGGGCCGUCUCCUCACUCCACCGGGCCUGCCAGGACUGCUGCCCCACUGCGGGAGCUCGUCGCUGGGCUCAGCUCUGCGUGGGCCAUCGCUAGGGAUCACAGCUAACGGAGGCUCCUCCAGCAGCAGCAGCAGCAGUGCCGGCAGCUCGGGCACAGCGGGAGGAAGUCCACCGCUGCCAACCGUGACCAGCUCUGGGACAGUCACGGGACUGCAGGGAUCCCCACCUGCCCACGGGCUGUUCAGCUUCCCAAUGCCCUCUCUGCUCGGGUCGGUCGCCUCACGUAUUUCCUCCACCCCGCUCGGCAUGGCUGGAUCCCUUGCAGGGAACUUGCAGGAACUUUCCGCCCGAUACCUGAGCUCCUCCGCCUUUGAGCCCUACUCGCGGACCAAUGGCAAAGAAGCACUUGACAAAAAAGUUUUGGAAUGAUCACUAAGGGGUUUCUUCUCUUUUUUUUGUCCUUUUUUAUUUUUUGUUGUCGUUGUUGUUGUUGUUGUUUUGAAAUUAGUUUGAGCUCAGAUUAUCACCCUUGAAAAUCGCCCUUUUGUCUCAUUGGUGCUGUUUUGUUUUUUCCCAUGUCAUCAACCUGCACACUUGAUGCCUCUCACAACUGUAAAAAGGUUUCACUUUUGAAAAAAAAACAAGGAUUUUUUGCACUAAAUCAAAGUUUCUCUAAUUUGACACACAAGAGAGCUCGGGGAAGGAAUGUAGCAAGAGAUUAUGGAGGGGAGGAGAGAUGAAAACGGUUGCUGAGGCAAUAUUUUUGGGGCACUUUUUUUUCCUUGUACACCUUUUUUUUCGGAGCUGGACAGUUGUGUUCAGAUUAUCAAACUAAUCUGAAAGCUGCUGGGUGAAAGAAAGAGAAGAAAAAAAAACAAAAACUGAACUCACGGCAACAUUCUUUACAUUCUCAGUUUUAAGAGCGAUCUAAAUGUGAGAUUUCUACAUAGUAGCGUCUGCCAAGGCUCAAAUAUUCAAAUAUAUUAUAUCGGGAUUCCUUUCCAAAGGCUAGCAAACUAUUCAGCCACACCGCGGAUUUGUAUACACAGUUUGCUACAUACACAGAUCACGAAUUUGCCAAGAUCAGGUGUCUAUACCGUUUUGUAUUUGUUUGGUUAAACAUGUUCUGACUAAAUCAAAGGAAAACCACUGUCACACCGUUAAAUAGUCCAAUAGUCCUGUGUUCAUUGUUCUCUAAAUGGUUUCUGUGAGGGUGCUCCCCAAAACGAGUUUUGAAGGCAGUCUCAGUUUGUGAGUUUGUAUGUCUUAAUAUGCAGUUUUUCUCCUCUCUCUGUAUGUGUGUGUGUGUGUGUGUGUGUGUGUGUGCUGGUACUGAAGUUGUAGUCCUGGUUUCCAUGUUUAGGUGCGUGUUUAACUGAAAACCUUUCAAGAGCUCAAGAUUGCCUGGGAUUAAGCUCCGGAGCAUCGAUGAGACCCUUUCAUUAUCGGACUAGACGUUUUGCCGUCUGCAGCAAACCCCUCUACCGUUUUCCAGAAGAAUUCAACGCCCUUUCUGUUAUCAGAGCUGAGACGAGACGCAUCUCUGAAGGACGAACAGGGUACGAUCACUGUAGUAUAAAAGAUUGAAUAACGAAAAUUGUUAUUUUAUUGUAAAUUAUUCACGUCUGUAAUAAAUAGAUCAUUAGUAUAUCUGCAAAUAAUGAAAGAAUGAAUGUAUGGGGGGCGGGGUUUAUGAUUGAGCAUCCAAUCAAAGCUCUGGUGGUGUUGUUGUUAAAUAUCUUGAAGUUUGUGAACCGUGGUAUGAGUGUGGAUAUAUAUUAUAUAUAACUAAAAAAAUCAAAACAAAA